CUCAGUCUCGGAGCAAUCGCGUACGAAGCUGGACGUGAAAAACGUGCUGGGCGCUAGUACACCCCGCCUUGGCGUGUGUGUGUGUGUAGACCCACAUUUGGACGUGUGGGGAGCAGGGGUUUAAAGCAGGUGCCCGUUUGAACCAUACCCGUGUGAACUGGGAGCUGUGCGUGUGUGUGUAUUUGGAGAAGCAAUCGAGGUAGACAGACACCGGCCGCACUCGCUGAAAGUGAGAUCCGUUUGGACACGUACCAAAAAGUGUGUAGUGUAUGUGUGUUUGUGAAGUGUGUUGUACAUGUCUUUGUGUGUGUGUGUAAGUACGUGAGGGUUGCUGGAUAAAUCCGAACCGUGCGAGAAAGGAAAAGAAGGGCGAAUAACGGUGCGCUGUCAGCCACUGGACGAGUGGAUGCUGUUUUUCGUGUGCUGAAAGCGUUCCACAGCAGGCGGCACUACUGGAGGCGAUACGGCGCCAGUCACGGUCCAUAGCGGCACGCCGUGGACGUAAGGUUAAGUUCUCUGAAUGGAUAGAUCAUCAUGAUAAUGAUGCACCGGAUGAAGCUCAAAGAGACGAGCCAGUAAGCGACGAGGAGGAGCGACGGGAGUGAUCAUACCGUGACCGUGUCGCCCAUCUCAUUCAUCCCUUCUUCGUUCGCCUGUCCUUCUGUACCGUGUGCGUGUGUGUUGUUUUGAGGAUGCAAUUGCAGUAAAGGAUUUGCUCGAGCUCGAGCUUGAUUGCACGUUUGGCGUGCGCGUCUCGUGUGUGUAUGCGUUUGUCGAAAGAUGCGAAAAUGAUGUUGGAUUAAAUUAUAAAUGACUUAAAACUUGGUAAUGAGAAGCAAAUAAACUCUUAACAAAGCCAAAGCAAGAAAGUGGUGAAGAAAAUGUGGGGCAAAACGACUCGAUGGAAAGUACAACGCUAAAGAGUAAACUAUUCAUCAAGAAUGAAAAAUCGGCUGCUCGGCGUACGUCGACCCCGGAAUCCAUGACCCAGCGGGCGGCGACCCAGCGGGGCAGCGGACCGGCAGCCGGCGGCGAUGGUGACUCCACCACCGAUCUGACGUCUGCGAUGGGGGGCGGCGGACCAAGUGGUGGUGGAGCAGCAGGAGGAGGAGGAGGAGGCAUGGCAGCAGCAACAACAACAGCAGCAGCUGCCACCAUGUUGACGAACGAGCGUAGAGACACGAAGGUAGACAUACCGCUGCCACAGUACAUGACGCCGUCGGCGGAGAAAUUUGCAGAUAAACGAGUUAAGAGACACAGCAUACACGGCAUGAUGGAGGAGGAGAAUGUGGUCCGACCGCAUCAGGAGAUUGCCGCCCUGUCGCUGGAGGAGAAGAAGUACUUGCUGGCAGUGGAGCGGGGUGAUGUCGCCACCACGCGAAGGAUCCUAGAGAAGGCGGAAGCGGAAUCGCACAUCAACAUCAACUGUGUCGAUCCGCUGGGCCGGUCCGCCCUGCUGAUGGCGAUCGAUAACGAAAAUCUCGAGAUGGUCGAGCUGCUCAUCAAUCACCGGGUGGACACGAAGGAUGCGCUGCUGCACGCGAUAUCGGAGGAGUUUGUCGAGGCGGUCGAGGUGCUGCUAGACCACGAGGACAGCUGUCACAAGAGCGGGGAUCCUCAUAGCUGGGAAGCACUGCCACCGGAUACGGCAACCUUUACCCCGGACAUAACGCCCCUCAUACUGGCCGCUCACCGUGAUAAUUAUGAGAUAAUUAAAAUUCUGCUCGACCGUGGCGCCACACUGCCCAUGCCGCAUGACGUACGAUGCGGCUGCGAUGAUUGCGUUACCUCCCGGAUGGAGGACUCGCUGCGCCACUCGCGGUCACGCAUCAACGCGUACCGUGCGCUGGCGAGCCCGUCCCUGGUUGCGCUCUCGUCCAAAGAUCCCAUCCUGACCGCGUUCGAGCUGAGCUGGGAGCUAAGGAGGCUGAGCUUUCUGGAGCACGAGUUCAAGAACGAGUACCAGGAACUUCGCCGACAGUGUCAGGACUUUGCGACGGCCCUGCUCGAUCACACCCGAUCGUCGCACGAGCUGGAGGUACUGCUCAACCAUGACCCCACCGGACCGGCGUUCGAGCAUGGCGAUCGUAUGCAUCUGAACCGGUUGAAGCUUGCCGUCAAGUUACGCCAGAAGAAGUUCGUUUCCCAUCCGAACGUGCAGCAGCUGCUGGCCAGCAUCUGGUACGAGGGAUUGCCGGGCUUCCGGAGGAAAAACAUGGCCCUGCAAGCGCUGGAAAUUGUACGAAUAGGCAUCAUGUUUCCGCUGUUUUCCUUCUCGUACAUCAUCGCACCACACUCGUCGCUCGGCCAAACGAUGCGCAAACCGUUCAUCAAGUUCAUCUGCCACAGUGCGUCGUAUUUCACGUUUUUGUUUCUUCUUAUGCUGGCGUCCCAGCGCAUCGAGACGGUAAUGGGUGGCGUGUGGGGUGAGCCGGACGUGAGCCAGCAGCAUGACGAAGUGCCUACCAAGCGCGGUGCAAGCCCGACCCUGAUCGAGUGGCUCAUAUUGGCCUGGGUCAGCGGACUUAUCUGGAGCGAGGUGAAGCAGCUGUGGGACGUGGGCUUGCAGGAGUACGUGAACGAUAUGUGGAAUGUGAUAGACUUUGUGACCAACUCGCUGUACGUGGCGACGGUGGCCCUUCGAGUGGUGUCCUACUUUGAGGUCCAGAAAGAGAUGACGUACAACAAGUUUGCGGCGGACCUGCCGCGCGAAAAGUGGGACACCUGGGACCCGAUGCUGAUAUCGGAGGGCCUGUUCUCGGCGGCCAACAUCUUCAGCUCGCUCAAGCUGGUGUACAUCUUCUCGGUCAAUCCGCACCUGGGACCGCUGCAGGUAUCGCUCUCCCGCAUGGUGAUGGACAUCAUGAAGUUCUUCUUCCUGUACGUGCUGGUGCUGUUUGCGUUCAGCAGCGGUCUCAAUCAGCUACUUUGGUAUUAUGCGGAUCUGGAGAAGAAACGAUGCCCGGAUGUGUCCAGCUUUUCGGGGCUCAACAUUACCGCGACGGAUCCGAACGCCUGUAUCGUGUGGCGCCGGUUUGCUAACCUUUUCGAAACGAUACAGACACUGUUCUGGGCCGUGUUUGGUUUGGUGGAUUUGGAAAACUUCGAGCUGGAUGGGAUCAAAAUCUUUACCCGGUUCUGGGGCAUGCUGAUGUUCGGCACCUACUCGGUGAUCAAUAUUGUGGUGCUGCUGAACCUACUGAUCGCCAUGAUGAAUCACUCAUAUCAAUUGAUAUCGGAACGAGCUGAUGUGGAGUGGAAGUUUGCCCGCUCGAAGCUGUGGAUCAGCUACUUCGAGGAGGGCGGUACGUGUCCACCACCGUUCAACAUCAUCCCGACGCCGAAAUCCCUGUUCUACAUCUUCCAGUGGGUGAAGCGAAAGUUCUGCGGCCACUCGAAGGCCGUCAAGAAGGAGCACAUGAAAACGAUUCGACGGAAGGUAAAGCAGGCGAGCGAACGGGACUUCCGGUACCAGAGCAUCAUGCGCAACCUGGUGCGCCGGUACGUGACGGUCGAGCAGCGGAAGGCCGAAUCGCAGGGCGUCACCGAGGAUGACGUGAACGAGAUCAAGCAGGACAUAUCGGCGUUCCGGUGCGAGCUGGUCGAGAUACUGAAGAACAGUGGGAUGAACACGGCCAUCGCGACGGGCCAGGGCAGCGGUGUCGGUGGCAAGAAGAACCGCCAGAAGGAGCGACGGUUGAUGAAGGGCUUCAAUAUUGCGCCACCGCCGGCACCGGACGCGGGCCAGCAUUUGACGCCCGUGUCGGAGUUCAUUGCGCAGCUGCCGGACCAUUCGCCGCACGAGCUGUUUGCGGGCGUGUUUGGGCCCGGGCUGACACCGAAGAAGGCACUGCACCAGGUGAAUCCGAUGCACCAGUAUUCGUCGCAGUCGCAGAGCUCGUUCGGGGAGAACAACAACCCGAUCCAUCGGCUGGCAAAGCUGGCGCCGAAGUUUAACUCCAAAAGUCGUCCAGGAUCGCACAAGAAGCGAUGGGGAACGCUUAUUGAAGCGGCCAAACAUGGCAGCGUGUCGAAGUUUAUCGGGCGCUCCCGAUCGGAAGACUCGGUGUGCAAUCACGGGCCGGGCCGGGGUGAAUCGGCCAGCCACAGCAAUAGCCCGGCGUCGGAUGAAGCCAUCACGGAGUCACCGUCCGACUCGAACCCGAGCCUGGAUCGGCCCGACGUCGAGCAGUGUCCGGAUCCACACAAGCAUCACAAUCAGCGCAGCCGGACGGACCGGGGGCACCAGGAUCGUCGGCAGCACGGUGGAAGUGAUCGUACGCAGCCGCACAGCGGCAGCGGGACGGCCACGGCGAACGGCAAGAACGGGCGGGACGGGAAGGAGCACGCGCAUCACUAUCACUUGCAUUUCGGUGCGCUGGCAGCACUGAAGCGCAAGCGGAAAAAGUUCUCCAACAGCCGCAACUCCAGCCCGGUGCUGGAGCCACCGUGCGAGCUGCCCUCGGUAACGAACGCGAUCGCCACGACGGGUAAUACAAGCAGUAAGGUACUGAAACGUGCUUCCAGCGUACCGACGCGCGGCGCAAGCGACGAACCGGAAGCGACCGGCAGCGUACGGCCGGCCCGGCACGAGGCAACGCAAAGCCAGCAGCACUCGAUCGAGCAGCAGCUCGAAGGUGCGGCACCGUUAACCCCUUCCACCACGGAGGAGAGCGUCGAUCAGCAGCCGGCGGCAGGCGGCGCCGGCCAUCAGCUGGCCGUGCACAAGCACCAGAAGAUCAUCCGCGGUAGGAACAGCUCCAACGAACCGUUGCUACGCUUGCAGGAGCAUCGUGAUAGCAGUGAUGGUGGUGGUAGUGGCGCUGCAGUAGGGGCAGGUGGGGCGUGUGACACGUCCGGCGGACCGGUCAGCGCCGGUCAAUCGUCGGCCACGUCCACGCUACGCUCGGUGCCGAAGAUUCCGGGCGUAACGCCACUACGGGGGCAUUUACACUCCCAGGGCUGGUUAUAGGGGAGACGGUACGGCAAAGGGGUGCGACUAUUUGUAUGUAAAUAUGGUUGGUCGGCGCUCGAGGCGUUGAGCGCAUGCUAACGGAACAAUGAGUGUGUAAACUAGUCAAAAGCAUCAAUUCUAAACGUGGUGGCGAAGAAGUAAGGCGAAAUGUUUAAAGACGCAAGACGAGUUUGAGCGACAUCUCGGCUGCAACUACUCUGCAGAUGGCUGGAGCAACGCGUUUCGUGUGAUGGUUGUAAGCAAAUUCCUUCUGUUCGAGCGAGAGAGAUAAAGUUUUAGGGCCUAAAAAGGAAUCGUAACGGGUCGUAACAGAGCCCGAUCCUGACUGAAUGAUCCCAUCAUCGGACGGUUGCCGUGCGGUCGUGCUAUAUGCAACACAUACACACACACGGUCAACCUUUGGGCGACGAUGCUGAGAUCAUGGACACGAUCGGGAGCGGGAAGAUGGAGAAACAGUGCAGUGUUGAAUGUUGGUGGUAGCUGUAAGGCAUAUAUAUAGGUGUAUAACGAUACCAAUACAAUACAAAAAGGGACCAGGUCUCUUUGAGGAGGUGCUCGGUGCUGCGAGCACACCACAAUCCCGCAGUGCCGCUGGGAGGAGUAACUGUUAAACUAUCAUUUGUUAAGCUAUUGGAACUCGUACAGGAACAACCAAGAGAGGACAGCGGCCAGUAUAGCUGUAAGUACCGCUGCUUUCCCCAUACCGUUGGACGUGUUGCUACCCAACGACGGAGACUCAUAUAGCGCACCCCUUGAGACGGGGGGUCAUUCUCUUUUAAUCCGAUAGUCUGUAAGGGACGGUGUCGAUGCAACCGCGCGCACCUUAAACUACACACGAUACAUUUUAGGCACGAUAAGAAAGACAUACUACAAACCGGUCCGAAUAUCCAAUACAGUGAGUUAAACAGAUAGAUUACUUAUCAGCAUAAAGAGUAAAAACCAGUUGAUUAGUAGGGUACCGAGGGGUGGGGGAAGGAGUGUAUAAGGAGUGACAGGGACACGCAAAUCGAGGAUCGGCAACAGUGUUUGAGCGCUAACACACAUCAGACAUCCGAGUAAUUGAAAUAGCAACACUUAACACAAGAAGUAAAAAGGAGGCCUUAUAAUAUGUAACAUGUAAACAUGAUGUGUAUGUGUAUCACGUAAACAAAAAGAGAAACAGAACAAAACACGGAACCACUGUAAUGAUAACGUACGUCUUCUCGCUUUCAAGGACGAUUAGACAGUAACAAAAACAACAAAACAAAGCAUUGAAUUGGGAUCGCGAUCAUUAGAGCAGAUGUAGAUGGAAACUUCGAUCAAAACGUAAAAACUAGUAAGCAACAUUAAACAAUUUAUUAGUUGUAAUUGGGAGCGAGAAAACCAUGUUCGCGUAGACACUAAGACAAGUAUAACUAUACGUAGUGAGAGAACGAUAGAGAGAAAAAGGGAGAGAGAGAGAGGGAGGUUUGAAACGAAUAAAAGAUAAAAUUAUAAAAGAGGGUAGUCGUCGUGCUAAAAGCAAACUAGUAGCUAAACACGACAGAUUUAGUAGUGAAAAGGAAAGAAAACUAUAAAUUACUAGCCGAACCGAAUAAAAACAAAACAAACCAACAAAUGCCAUCGAUAGAAAUGUUUAAUCAAACAAAAUAGAAGAAACAAAACCACAAAAAACACCUGUAAAACGACGGGAUUGGUGCUCACGGUGGCGAGGAGCGUAUGUAGAUAAGCGCAGACGAUUUAAAUUGACAGUUGACCGAUCGGUUUGUUGACGAAGGGCAGUGGGAGCUGUGUUUGUUGGUUCGUGUUGUGAAGGUGGAGAAAGGAAAGCUGUUGAAUUUUAGGAUGGGUGAAAGAAAAAAAACUUGCAGAUUGAUAUGCAUAGAUAGGGAAAAAGGGCAAUCGUUACAACCCUCCGUCACAAACUCCACGCACGGUGCACGGGUACGCCAGAGGGCAGAGUAGGAGUGAAUAUUGUAAUAAAUAUUUAAUUUAUUUGA